AUGUGUUCUUUCAUCCCGGAUAUGCAAACGAGGAUAAUUUACGUACUAUCGCUCUACAUUACAGUAAUGGUCGCCGUUACUGAAAAACCUGAAUUCCCCACGAAUGAACUUUGCGAUUUGUACAAAACAAAAUGCGAAACAAAGCUAAAGAAGAGCAACUGUGAGGAACGGAAAGAGGAAUGUCUAAAAUAUGCGGAUAACGGUUUGAAAGUAACGUGGAAUUUUUGCAUGUUUUUAAACAAUGACAAUGAGAAAACCUGUCGUGAACGUGCCAAUAUCGAUUACGAGAUAAUAAAGAAUGUUGUGAUGAACGACACCUUUAAAUAUGACUUUGCUAAAUAA